AUGGUCCGCCACGCCAAGAACAACACCAACGCGUCGUCGUUCACCUACGCCGAGCGCCAAAUGCUCAAGGAUGGGUCCAAGCGCGAACGGUUAGGAAGGGAUGCGAUGAAGGUCCGUCGCCCAGAACCGUCUUCCUUUGUUUGUUCCGUUUUUUUUUUUGAGUGCGGCGUGGAGCUGAUUGCUUGACGUGUGUGUGCGACGAUAGAACUUCAAUGCGUGUUCGUUAUGCCUCCAGGUCGGGCGGGACCCCAAGACGUGCGACGAAGGACAUCUCUACUGCCACGAAUGCAUCCUUUCCGCCCUCGUCGCGCAGAAGAAGGACAUGCAACGCCAACAGGCGAUCUUGGAGAGCAUUCGGCCCGAGGCGCAGGUCGAGAUGAAGAAGGCGAGGGAGGCGGCGAGGCAAAGGGUCGUGGAUGAGUUUGAAUCGAGUCAGAAUGGGUUGGGCACGGGACUCAUUGAUGGGAAGGCCAAGAGGAGCACUGAGGGGGCGAAUGCGGAACAGGGGAAGGCUGGGGAGAAGAGGAAGGCGGGCGCGUUCGAGUUGGACGAGAAUGAGGUCCAAAAGUUGGCCGAGGAGGCGACGGUCGAGGCGCUGAAUCGGACGGCGAGGGAGUUGGCCGAACAGAGUAAAGCAAAGUUGCCCAACUUUUGGCUGGUGAGUGUGUUGUCUGUGGUGUGUGCAGCGAAGGAGGUCUUUGGUGCUGACCUGUUCCCGUCCGUGUCUGCCUUGCAGCCCUCCCUGACACCUUCAGCGACACCGGAUUCAGUACUCGACGUAAAGUUGCAGACCCUGUGUCACGCCACAAAACCGCCUCAUCCCGUUUCGUACGUCCAUGUCUCACCUUUUGUGAACAUGCAAGUUUCAGGUACUGAAUUCCGGUGUCGACCUUCUUCCCUCUCAACACCAGCCUGAAAACGUUGACCAAUGUCCAAUUCGAAGUGGACGCUUCCGAUUCGGCCAAAGGCGUCGCAUGCAUUUGCCCUGUCUGCCGCAAGAGUCUGACCAACAACGUCAAGGCGUAUGUCGUUCGAUCCUGUGGUCAUGUCGUUUGGUGAGCCGUCGAGACUUGGACCCCCCAUGGCUGAUACGUUGCAUUCCGGAACAGAUUGAGCUAAUCAUCUUACUUUGUUCGGUACUCUUUUCCCGCAGCGGUACCUGCAUGGAAACGCUCUGCAUCCCCGACAAGCAAUGCGCUCACUGCGGAACAUCGACAACUCCCUCCGAGAAGAAGAAGAAGGCGGGACCGGCGUUCAUCGAAUUGCGUCGGGAGGGGACUGGGUUCGCUGCUGGGGGUCAGGCCGAGGCGACGAAGUAUGAUCUGCCUUUCCAGGGGUGAUGUUGUUCUUGAAUCGAGUGUCGUGUAUGUAUGUGAAAUAUGGAGUAGUCUACAUGCUAAAUACGUGGCGUGUGGCACGCAAUCUUCGGCGAUGACUGCCUCGUGAGCACGGACCUCUCGUGGAUCAAAUCGGUCGAUCUUCACCCAGCCGACGCUAUCGUCAUUUCGGAUCGCUUGACGGAGUUGUAACCACUGCCACACCUUUGGAGAUCGGAUCCCUGAUCAGCUUUGGCCUCGGGCGUGGCAUGCAGCUGCGAUCAAAGAUCAAACUGCUUACGGAGAAGAACCGCUGUCCAUAGGAGCUUCGCCUCAUCGAGCAAGCAUGCUAUUCCACUCACCUCAUUGAUGGCACUAUGCCGUUUCGCAUGAUUGAUGGUCGACAGGUCAUCGAGUCAUUAGGCCCGCCGACGACUACAUAAUGUCCCCCAAGGACCUUACCUCAUGUUACCCCGACGAGCGCAUACUCAGCACGUGCGCACAUGCCGAGCAAAGAUUGCCGCCCUUCGGGGCGUGCCCGGGCCGCGAGACACCGCCGGUAGAACCUCUACAAGCCGCAUAACUGCCACCGCGGAUACAAAGAGCUCAAGUUCAGGAAAAAGGAAGUCUGACAACGAAGUAGCGAGCCCGCCAGUAAAGCAAGGAAGGCCCUCUUGAUGCCUGGAGCCACGCGCGACACCAGCCGAAGCGGCGCGCGCCACAAGCCGCUUUCGAUCGGCCGCCGCGCGCCCGCAAACGCUCGGAACGCGUUUUCGAGGACUUUUGA